AUGCCGCCCACGCUCCUCGCCAGCUUUGUCGCUCGCGCCUCCUCCUCCGGCGACGCGGCUGCGCUCGCGGAGCUCGGCCGCGAGGGACUGAGCAGCACGAGCUACGCCUCGCUCUGCGCGACCGUGCGCGGAGCUGCCGCCGCGCUGCAGGCGGCCGGAGUCGUGAGCGGCGAGGCCGUCGUCGACUUUUGCGACGAGGGUCGGGCCAUGGUGGUCGCCAUGCUCGCCAUCACCAUGGCGGGCGCGGCGAUGGUCCCUCUCGACCCGGCGGCGCCGCCGGCGAGGCUGUCUGCCCUCGUCGCCGACUGCGGCGCUGCGCUGGCGCUUUGCACGCGUGCGCGCCUCGCCAGUCUCGCCAGCGCGCUCGAUGGCGGCCGCUGCCAGCCGCUCGCACUCGAGGACGUCCUCGUCCGCGACGCUUCUCUCCCGGCAGCGCCCGCGCCUCCACCGCCCGGCGCCCUCUGCCACCACAUCUACACGAGCGGCUCGACCGGGCUGCCAAAGGCGGUCUCGGUGACGCACGGCGCGCUGGCAAGCUACGGCCGCGAGAAGGCCCGCACGCAGCGGGUCGGAGGCGCGUCGCGAGUGCUCGUCGCCUCUGCGCACACCUGGGACCCGGCCGUCGGGGACGUACUCUCGACCCUCGCGGUCGGCGGGGUGGAGGUGAUCAACGUGUACGGCGUCACGGAGGCCGCCGUCUACCAGACGCGCGAGCUCCUCAUCGGCGGCGACCAGCUCGCCGUCGGCUACCUCAACCGGCCACGCCUCACCGCGGAAAAGUUCGUCUGGCUGCCGGACGCGGCCGUCGAGCGGCUCCCGCGCUCGUACGGCCGGGCGGCGCCGCCGCACUGCGGAGGGCUGGACGAGCAGGUCAAGCUGCGCGGGAUUCGGAUCGAGCUCGGCGAGGUCGAGCACCUCUUGCUGUACGUUGUGCCGUCCGUGCCGCGGGCUGCGUUUGAGGAGGGCGGAGGGGGCGUCGAGGUGCUGCUGACGCUGCGCCGGCGGCUCCCGCCGCAGCUCGUCCCGGCGCAGGGCUCGCUGGGCGAGGAGCACGGCAGAGACUCGUUUGAGCGCGGCAACCAGCGCUUCGCGACGCGGCUGUGCGGCCUGUACCGCAAGCCGAGGCUGCGCGACUAUUGUGUGUGGCUCGACUGGGCGGCGCUUCCUCCGCCGAGCCGUUCGCCGCGCGCCGCCGCCGCCUUCACCGCCUUCACGUCCGGCGCGAGGACGGCGGAGGAGCUGCCAGAGGAGGAGGACCUGAAGCGGCUCGCGACCGAGGCGCUCGGCGCGGCCGCCGCGACCGGCAGCGCCCGGCUGGCGCGGGACACGUCCAAGUGGACGGUGCUCUAUCACGCGGCGUGGGGCGGCCACGCCGAGUGCGCUGUGGCAGCAGAGGCGGCGAGGCAGGCGCCGGGGGAGAGCUCGGCGGGUGGCGCCGCGGCGGACGUGGCGGCAGGUGGGCGGAGGGUGCGGCCGGACGCUCUAGCCGUCGUCAAGUUGCUCCUGGCCGCGCGCGCAGACGCGAAUCGGCGCGACCAGCUCGGGCGCACGCCGUUGCGCGUCGCGAGCGCGGCUGGCCUCGCAGAGGCAGUGGUGCUGCUCGAGGCCGCGGGGGCGCGGCGAGACGACGAGCCGCGCGCAGGCUCUGCGCGCCAUCGGGAGGAGGCUGCUGUGGCGCCCGAGGCUGCCCCUGCGAGCGGCGCGCCGGCACAGGCUGGCGCCGAGAAGCCGUGGCUCCGCGCGCGCUGCUGGGCGGCGGCGAGGAGCGACCUCGACCCGAGCGCCUGA